AUGCCGAGAACAAAUGUAUAUUCAGAAGUAACAAUAGCAAAUAUUCGACUGGCAGUACGUCAGGUGGUUACUGACUUUUGCGCUAGCCCAGAGCGAACUAUUGAAAGUGUGGUAAAUGGUCAAUUUGAAAAUUUUGUUGAACCAAUUCAGCGGCUCGUCUUAGCUCACCUUGAACAUAUAUAUAGACAACUGCAGUACAUCACAUUGUCACCUUCAAACGAAUCCGACUUACGCGAAUCUGUGUUAAGGUUCUUGAGCGAGCAUAAUAGCGAAUUGGAAAAAGAUAUAGUUCAACGUUUUGAGAAAGACUAUGUUUCAUCACGAGGACAUAUACAUGAUGAUCAGAAAUUUAGAACUCGUUCUGUAAUGCCAGUUAAUCCAACAUCCACAACUGUUGAUGUUCCACGUUUGGAGAAUCUUAUUAGUGGUGAUUCAUCGAGAGAGAGUAUUAGUGACAAGCAUCGAAAAUCAGCAAAAAAAGUACAGAAUUCAAAUUCGUUUCCUUUCUCAAAAAGUACUUAUUCAACUACGUCGUCUACAUCAAAUAACUCGUCCUUAUCAUUGGGUGAUUCACUGCUACAGCCAGUUCGGGGAAGCGAAAGCAGCAGACAGGAACUGGUCUUAUCUGAAAGGAAGUCGAAUACUCUUUCGUCGCGCGAUGUUACUGAGCGAUUACUCCAACCCAUGACAAGCAAUAAGGAUGCAAAUGCGAAUGACGAAAUCUUGGUGGAAAUUAGAAAAGCAACCGAUGAUGCGCUUCCUGUUGUUUUAGAAAAAGAAUUCAUAGCCAGUGUUCCAUCGGUAGAAGAAGCAACCAUAUAUACGACUUUAGCAAAAGUAAAAUCAAACAUACCAACCAGUUUAUGCUCGUCGUUACGUUCAGAUGACGACAAAGUGACGGUACGAUAUAUUCCUGAAAAAAUUCCCACAACAGAUGCAGCUGUUUCUACUGAUCCUGUAUUUAUGGAUAAUCAAUCAGUAGAAAAGAUUGAAGUCGGUGUCAAUACUGUUAUAGAAAUGGCUAGCAAUACAGCGGAUGGUAGUUCAAGUUCAAACACAGCCUCUGAUAAUAGUGCUGGACAGCUACCGAAGCGAUUGUUUGAUACUGUUCUGCAGAGGCCUUCAUUAAAAAUUGUCUCGCUGCGGCCUGAUGGAAGUAUCGUUCCUACAGAUAAUUCAACGUCGCAGCAUUUUCCCAGUGUUAGAGAAUGGACGCCAGCAACCAAUAAAGGGAAUGCAGAAAAAUCAGUUCUAGUUUCGGAAGAAAUUGAUGACAUAGCUAGUGAACCAGACCUAAGUCAUUCAGAGCACAAUAGAAUAGGGAGAUUAGAUAGUGUAUCAGCAUCGACAUCACGACCUGAUCUCCUCGAAGAAGAUUUGAAUACUUUGGCAAACAUUUCACCACUUCCACAUUCUUAA